AUGAAGAAGUGCUUAUCUCUCCUCUUGCUUAUCUCACUUGUUGUUGCAACUGGAUCAAUUCUAACUCCAGCAGCCAAUUGGUUCCAAUGGUUAAAGGAACAGUUCCAGAACGCCUCUAAGAAGGUUGGAGGCGCCCAAGGCAUCCAAAACAAACUGAAAACAUACUCGGAAUCGGCUUACAACCACAUUAAACCGACUACACAAAAAGCCAAAAAAGCUAUCUCAGAUUUCAAAACAAACACUAUCCAACCCCGUCUAGAAAUGAUCAAGAAACAGAUUCAAAAGCGACGAGAAGCCAAAAAGAUUCAAUCAGCCCAAACAUCUCAAAAUUCUACCCAAACUCCCACCCAACCCGAAUCCUUUAAACACGAGUUCCAGCAUGCCGAAGAUGCCGCCCGUGAAAUUGAGCAGUUCCUACGCCGAUAUCUCAGUGAGUUACACAAAGUUCCAGGCACCGAAGCCACUAUGGGCCAUUACUCCACCGACGACCACCAAGAAAAAGAAGCCACCCAGUACGAGGAUGAAGAACUCGAGAAUGAAGAGCCCAUCCCUAAAGAAGAUCUCUAA